AUGGAAGCAUUUAUCUCCAGGAAAAAGCCAAGGCUCUCGGAGUCAAAGCAGAGAAGCGCGAGUCAUGCUCCCGAGACUUUCAACACGGACAGUGAAGAAACGACCGAUGUCAAGUUAGCCAUUCUGAUAUCGCUCCACCCAGAGGUGACACAAGAUGAUCUACUUGAUAUACUAGUCUCCUGUGACGGAUCUGUUGAAGACGCCUCAUCCUUGUUGCUAUCAAAAAGCUCCACAGGAAGCGUGACACCAAGAAAACGAGUGGCUCCUGGCUCAUCUCUUGGGGUUCAAACGUCUUUGUCCUCCCAUGUUCUAACGAAAUCCAAAGAUGGAUCCCUUACGCUUAUGAACGAGGUCAAACCUUUAGCUACUCAAAAAGGAAAGACUCUACAUUUAUAUGCUCCCGAGGAUGUCGCAGCCAAUACACCUUGCACGAUCAUCCACAAUUUUCUUCCCAAAGACGAAGCCAAUGCGCUUCUGACAGAGCUCCUAGAAGAGUCAGAGCACUUUUCCAGAGACGAAUUUCAACUGUUUAGCCGCACAGUGCAAAGCCCCCACACAGCAUGCAUCUAUGUCUCCACGCCGGAAGAGUACAAACAGCAAACUUCAGAGUAUACGUACGGCGGCACGUAUCGGUCAAACGUGCGGCAAGCAACGCCAAAGUUACGUUCAGUCUCGCGGAAAGUACAGCGCAUCGUGAACGAAGAAAUUCAGAAUCGUAUUCGAGAUGUAUACCCGGACGGAAAGAAAUUGAAAUACCAGUGUCCGAAGCAGUGGAGACCAAACGCAGCAUUUGUGAACUGCUACGACGGACCUACUGAGAGUGUGGGGUAUCACUCUGAUGAGUUGACAUAUCUCGGACCACGCCCGGUAAUAGGUAGUCUGAGUUUGGGCGUGGAACGCGAAUUCCGUGUUCGCCGGAUCGUCGCCCAGGACGAAGAUGGGGAAGGUGGAGCUACAGUGGCGAAUGGCGAUCCCGACCAAAACGCUAGCUCGCCUUCAAAAAAAGCAAAAUCCUCCAAGGCCUCCACUGCGCGUGCAGAUGCUCAAGGGCAAAUCUCUAUCCACCUCCCACACAACUCACUUCUGAUAAUGCAUGCUGAGAUGCAAGAGGAGUGGAAGCAUGCCAUAGCUCCUGCUCAAACUAUCUCUCCACAUCCCAUCGCAGGCAACCGUCGCAUCAAUGUCACUUAUCGCUGGUAUCGUGAUAUUCUUCAUCCUCGAUAUACGCCGCGGUGUCAAUGUGGAACACAUGCAAUUCUACGAUGCUCACAGCGCAAGCAAGAAAGCCGUGGGAGGUAUAUGUGGAUGUGUUACGCGGGAACCACGCCUGGGAAACAAGGUUGCACAUUCUUCCAGUGGGCGGAAUUCGAUGAUGACGGCGAUCCAGUGUGGGAUCAUAAGCAGCACCGAGAUGCAGCACCGGUCUUGGCAAAUUUUUCGACGUCACAGUCAUCACAAUAG